AUGGAUUUAUCACUGCACAACGUUGAUGUUAACGAUUCAAAACAAGAAUCUGAUACAAGAAAAGUAUAUGCUGCUUUCGAUAGUGUACAGUUACAUACAGAUCUAUAUGAUUUAACUACAGUAUUCAAUAAAAAAGUGGACACAUCAGACUCGAGAAUAACAACUAGUUGGCAUCAUAGAAAACUUUUAGGAAAAUUAAUGGCACCUGUACCGUCGAGAUUAAUGCCCGAUACUGUUCGUGAAAUAUACGAUGCAUUUUCAUUUUUUGAUUUGAACGCUAAUGGUCAUAUAGAAGCAAAUGAACUAAAAAGAGUUCUAAAUGCUUUAUAUUUCAAGAAAACAGAAGAGGAAAGUCAAGAUAUUAUCAAUUAUUUUGAUUUAGAUGGUAAUCAGUUAUUGGAUUUUCAUGAAGUUAUAUUUGCAGUAGCUAGGCAUAUCAAACAUGAUGUAUUUACUCUAGCUGAUAUACAACAACGUUUCAAUAAAUUUGAUGAAGAUCAAGAUGGUAAACUAACUGUAAAUACCAUACCGAAUUUGAUCCGAAAAGGAUUUGGAAUACCGGUUUCUGAUAAAGAGAUAUUUGACUUACUCAGCAUAGCCAUGGAUAUCACAGAUGAAACUGCUCGUUUAUCAUUCGAAAAACUGAUUCGAAUGCUUCAACAUGCAGUUAAUGCAACUGAAAAAGCAGAUGCACCAGAUUUUAUGAGAAAAUUAAGAAACAGAUGUGGACCAGCAGUGAGAAACAUUGGUUCAAAUGAUAUCAAAUUAAUGAAAAAACGCAUGAUAGCAACAACAAUGCCAAAUGGCUCUGUAUCAAAUUCUAAAAAUGCACAGUUCGAUAAUUUUGAGAUAUAA